UGUCACUCCACCUUCUCCAUCAGAUUCAUCGACAACGUGGGACCCAGCAACAAAACAGCAGUUUCCGAAUUCCUUCUUAUGCAAGUGACAGAGGAUCCAGAACUGAAGCCCUUUCUCUUUAUUCUGUUUCUGUCCAUAUACCUGGUCACCAUCCUGGGAAACCUGCUCAUCGUCCUGGCCGUCAGCUCGGACUCCCACCUCCACACCCCCAUGUACUUCUUCCUCUCCAACCUGUCCUUUACUGACAUCUGUUUAAGCACAACCACGAUCCCAAAAAUGCUGGUGAACAUCCAGGCACAGAAUCAGAGCAUCACUUAUGCAGGCUGCCUCACCCAGAUCUACUUUGUCCUGGCUUUUGGUGGUUUGGAAAGUUUUCUUCUUGCGGCAAUGGCCUAUGAUCGCUAUGUGGCCAUUUGUCACCCACUGAGGUACACAGUCAUCAUGAACUCCCACUUCUGUGGCCUGCUGAUUCUAGUCUCCUUGUGCAUUAGCACUGUGGAUGCCCUGAUGCACAGUAUGAUGGUGUUGCAGCUGACCUUCUGCACAGACGUCGAAAUCCCUCUCUUCUUCUGUGAAGUUGUUCAGGUCAUCAAGCUCUCCUGUUCUGACACCCUCAUCAAUAACAUCCUGAUAUAUUUUGCAACUAGCCUAUUCGGUGGUAUCCCUGUGUGUGGAAUCAUUUUCUCUUACACUCAGAUAGUGUCCUCUGUUUUGAGGAUGCCAUCCGUGGGCAGAAAGUAUAAAGUGUUUUCUACGUGUGGGUCUCACCUGUCAGUUGUGUCUUUGUUCUAUGGGACAGGUUUGGGGGUGUACAUUAGUUCUGCUUUUACUAACUCUUCCAGAAACACUGCAGUGCUUUCAGUGAUGUAUACUGUUGUCCCUCAAAUGAUGAACCCUUUCAUCUACAGCCUGAGGAACAGGGAUAUGAAGGGAGCCUUGAGAAAACUCAUAAGUAGGACACCUUCUCCUCUGUGA